AUGGACUCUUUCACCAAUCCCUCUUUGGAAAAGGAUAUCGCGUUCGAUUUGGCCACACAGCCCGCUCUCCCAAAGAUCCAUGCAAAGGUGACCCCCUUUUGUAUCUCGACGUAUGGAAUGGUGAGGUGUGAACAAUCAACAAUAGACUUGAUUUUUGGAAUGGACUUAACAAAUUGUGGUGCCGAAAACGUGCAUACGACUCGCGAACAAAAGAAAGCAAUUCCAUGCAAUAGAAGGAAUGUGCCACCACUCAUGACACUUAUCGUACAUGGGUCUUUCCACCUGUGUACCUACCGUCUGUACAAUUCUACCCGAAAUAUGCAAUCCUUGCAAUCGAUACUCUCGGGUUUACUUUCAUCAGCUUUUAGAGCAAAAUAUUUUGGUCAUUCAUUCAUUUGCAAUUGGCGAGUAACAGGUACACAGGUUGAAGGACCCAUGUACGAUUGA